AUGAGAAUGGAUAUGUUCCGGUGGCUACCGGGUGCCUGCGGAAGCCUUGGACCGGCCCUCAUUCCUCCGGCGCACAUCGCCGUCCUGUGGUACUUCUGGCAGAACUAUUCUCGCUUCGUCGACAAACGCUUCUGCUCCUGUUCCUGCUGGGACACGGUCUUUAAAGGAACGUACGAAUCGGGGAUCGCGUCCUACAAGCAUAUGUACUUCAAUGCCACGCAAAACACGAUGAAGAUGUGGCUGCUGAUCGUGAUCGGUGUGAUCGCGCUGUACGAGUGCACCAAGCACCUGAUGCAGCUGCUGCUGCAGAGCAAGGUCCGUUACACCAUGAUCGUCCUGUUUCUGCUGUCGAUCUUCUCCCACUACUACGCCUGGUGGGCCUAUCUGAACUACUACAACGACGAGUACUACCACCAAUGGAACCAUCAGCUGUUUUUUACCAUCACCGAGCUCAUAUCAACCAGCUUCGUGUUGCAUCUGGCCAAUGUCGAGAACCAGGUCACUGCCCGCAAAACGCUCAGCAUCGUCGGCAUCGCGCUGCUACACAUACUGGCCAGCGGUGUCGAUCAGUUCAUAUCAAACGUGUUCCGCGGCGAAGGCUAUCCGCAUCAGGUCGUGCGAGAUCUUGGCUUCAUGAUACCGGACGUGAUGCACCUGAUACUGCCGCUCUGGUUGCUGCGCCAGACCCGGCUCGAGAGCUUCAGCACUCGGCCGUUCUACCGCGACCGGAACCUACGCCGAGACGUGGCGCUCAUGUUCUUCGUCGUAACAGUAUUAUUCACGAUCUGUUCGUUCCUGUAGAAGGAGGAGGAAUGCACGAUCGCCUGGAAACUUCUUCCCACCCAUCACCACCACCACCACCACAAGAGUGUGGCCACACCACCUCCACCAGCUCUCCAACCACCUUCAUCUGGAUUUAGUGAAUCAACGAACCACCGUCCUCGAGAAAAGGAAAAUUGAAGCCAAACUUAUUCCGGAACUGGAUCAAAACGGACAAAGGGAGCGAGAGAGAGAGAGACCGUCCACACACGGAGCGUGUGGAUGUCAAAAGUAUUUAACAAUAUUUUUCAUUCCUUCGUCAUCAGUCACGGACACGGAAACAAAAGGGGACCGGCUACGUACGUUGUAUGCUUUCUUUUGAUUGACCGCGCAUGCAAAGCACGCCAAAUGAGACGCAACGGGACGCCAAACACAUCAUCAUCAUCAUCGUCUUCAUGACGUCGUGAAAGGGAGAACAUAUCCAGAGAAGAAGCACAGAAACUUAUCACUAAUUUUAGUAGAGGGUCUUGCCAUAGGUCGUCGUCAGUGGAGCCCCCACAGCUUCCCGUCCCAUCUCACGGCGUGUCGUAAAGGCUGAUUUAUUCUUCUUCCGAAACUCGCGAGCCGAGACAAAGAGAGAAAGAGACGAGAGAUUUGAUUGAACUGCUGCCGCUGCUUACCGGUGCCGGUUGCGCCAUAUCAGGAUCGCCAGCUUUCCUUUCGUUCCGCUCGUUUAGGCUCCAGCCCACCACGUUGUUAGUGUUAGAGGACGUCGUCGUUGUCUUCCUGCUGCUGGAGGGCAGCAGGAUUCAUUUGGCUGUAAGCGGGGCGGGGCAGUAAAACCAAAAUAUUGAAGCAUGUUAAGGCGUAUUGUUCCGGAGAGCGCAGGAAUGUUGAGAAGUUAGGCCAGAGGUGUUAGAGUGUGUUAGAAACACGGGCGCGCCCGAGUAACUCUUACUCUAGAAUGUAGACAAUAACUAACAGAACCCAACCGCUGAAAGGGGUACAUGUUACGAUUAAGAAAUGUUAGGCAAAAGAAAAUUCGAUAUUAAAAUCCAAUACACAAUAAUGGAAGAGAAACAUACUUUCGUAUAGCCACCCGCUCGAUAAAAAUCGAAUAGUAGAAUUAAAACAAAACCCCCCGUGUGUGAGCGUUAAGCGAAGGGCAAUGGGCAAAGCGGACAAAACAGAAAGGAAGGAAAUAGAACGAAUGGGAAGCGCAUUAUAUACACAGCCACAUCGAUGGACAUGAACUGAGACACACGACAACGUGAAGUAGAAAAUGUGUUUGUUUUGCAUUAAAAUACGUAACACGCGGAACCAGUGCUCAAUGUGGCGGCGCAGAUCUUCGCCAGCGCGCGAAACAUAGUAACAAAAGAAGAAUCAAAACUUAAAACUACGCUAGCGGAAGAAGCUGUAGGCCACGCCGACGCGCUGUGGCGUGAAGGAAUCAUGUUUUAAAACCGUAGAAAACGAAGAAGCUUCCAACUGGAAGGUCAAUCCGAGGCCCCCAGUAGAACCACACAGACCACAACGUUUCGUUUCUUUCGAGUCCCCUCGUACCGCCAUAGCUCUACCAGCUGGCACAGUUUUAACGCAAUAGUGUGAUACCACGCUUCCACUUUUAUGUACAUAAAUUCUGUAUUUGUAUCAGUCAGUUUUUUUACCUACUCUGCCCUCGUACACAACAACAGUUCCGGAGGGCGGAACUGUUAAGAAAAGCGCGAAAACGAUAUCAAUCCAGAGAGUGCGGAACGCGCAGUACACUAGGUCCAGUAGCAGCGUGUUUCUGUGUGUGCGAGUAGUGAAAAUCGCCGGAAAAGCCGGAUCACCGGUGUGUAGAAAACAAUGCAAAGAAACAGUUUUACCGCCAAAUACCACCGCGUGGUGUGUUUGAUCUUCUCUUUAAGUUGCCCAAAAGCAAAGGACCCUCUCGAAUAUAGUGCUUCCUGCCACUCUUUGUUAACUUUGCAACAACCCUAUCCUUUUUUGGU